AGCUAAGCAUAUAAUGAACUCAUUAGUCUCAGUCACGACCUGACUCCACGCCUGACAGAGCAGGCUGUGCGGUGUUUAACUGUCGCUUUAAGGCCGAUUUCCCCCCAUUGUCAAACAGUCGUGAGCAGGAAGAGGGAAACGAAAGCGCAGACUGAGGGGGGCCGCACGUAUUUAAACACGAUGCUGCUGCUGCUGCUGCCGCACAAUAACGGCGUCCGCGGAGCGCGUGUGCAGCCCGCUCACUGGCAAAGACACGCACGGACACGGGCAUCCGCGCGAGCGGCCGUCUGAUCUGAUCGGUGGUGUUUUAAUUGGUAGAGCGGACGGUCCCCCGAAGUGGCAGCAGCAUGAUGAAAUGCACUCGAGAUGACAGAGACGUGUCACCGCGGGUUAUUGCCUCAGGAAAUGAUGACAGCGUCCUCCAUCAUCGCUUAGCUGCUUAGAGCGAAAUUUCCCAGCGUUGCGGCCAUUUCUACCGGACUCAGCUGCUUUUUGAUUUAACGUGCAAAAAACGCCCAACCCGGCGUGUGACUGGCUGGCGUCUUGCGGGCUGUGGGAGCAGGUGCAGCGCGUCUUGGCUUUAGUCUGCCCGCAGGCAGCUUCACAGGUAGCCGGAGAGCUCCGGCUGGGGGACUCUGAAACCUAAUCUGGAUCAGGCUUGACAUCAAGCUUUUUAGACAUGACCUCCACUAUAGAAAGGAAGACACUGGAAGCCAAUGAGGAGCCGGUGGACGAGGUCCUCCAGAUGCCACCGUCUCUGCUGACAUGCGGCGGGUGUCAGCAGAGUAUCGGUGACAGGUUUUUCCUGAAGGCCAUCGAGCAGUACUGGCACGAGGACUGCCUGAGCUGCGACCUGUGCGGCUGUCGACUCGGGGAGGUUGGCCGCCGGCUCUAUUACAAGCUGGGAAGGAAAUUAUGUCGGAGAGACUACCUCAGGCUUUUCGGUCAGGACGGUCUCUGCGCUUCCUGUGAGAAGAGGAUUCGAGCCUUUGAGAUGACAAUGCGUGUGCGGGACAAGGUUUACCAUCUGGAGUGCUUCAAGUGUGCCGCCUGCCAGAAGCACUUCUGUGUGGGUGACCGCUACCUGCUCAUCAACUCGGACAUUGUGUGCGAGCAAGACAUCUUUGAGUGGACCAAACUCAACAACACCAGCUUGGUUUAGCAGAAUAGGUGGCUGAAGACGAAAAAGCAUCACUCUGCCUUUUUCCCCAUCAGCUUUGAAGGGAAUGAACCUUUAAUUGAAAAAAAAGAGACUUUUUGUAGCUUGUGCAGGUUUUUAUCAUGCAUCUGACAUUCACGUUAUCAUUUUAACACAAAAAGGAAAGGCGAAGUGCUUGCGCUGCUCCCUGCUGGAGACGAAUGAAGGCUGCACCAGCAAAAACAGAAAGCUUUUCAUCUGAGGCUUCAUCCUUAGAUGCAAAAGAAGCUUAAACACUGAAAAUACUUAAACAUGCAAUAAUCGUUUGUUAUGCACACUGGAAUUUUAGAAUUUCAGCAGUGAACAAAAAUAAAAUCAAAUGUCUUGAAAUGUUCAAUAAGAGUUUCAAUAAAGUUUUAUUUUAUGGGUUGGUAAUUUCUUGGGAAUUUCCUGGGAAUUUCUAUAUAUUAGUAUAUUAUAUAAUUUGGUAAUAAUUAUUGGCAAGUGCUCCAUUUAAACCCAAGUAAACGUUCAUUCAUACGUUAUUAAUUAUUGCAAGCUUAACAAUCCAUAUAUGUUGGACCAUAUGCUUGCCUGUGGACAAAUUUCACAUUUGCACAUCCAGCUUCCCUGCUGCACUGACUGAAACACUGAUUAUCUUUAUUUUCUACCUGAAAAAUACAAAAUUAUUUUUUUUUUUCUCCAUGAAACUCCUUUAGACAAACUGGCAGGAAAUUACAGAUCUGUAAAAUAAACUGUUACCAAACUUUCUUAUUAUAGAAUAGAAUACAAUUUCCAUUUUGAAAAGUCUUGAUCAGAAUGAUAGUACUGUAUUGCCAGGUUAAACUGGUGGCGCCCUCUAGUGAUGAAGGAAGCCCAUGCAAUACUAAUUUUAUUGACUUUGGAGAUUUCUCAAGUGUCUCUUUUAUAACUACAACUGUCUGAACAUGCACCCAAGACUUUUUU